GCCAUGGCCGCCGGCCCCGCGUCCCCCGGCGGGCAGCCCCGCACGCAGAGGCCGCAUCUGAGCAAGAUGGAGCGGAUGGUCGUGAGUAUGCAGGAUCCUGACCAGGGCGUGAAGCUGCGGAGCCAGCGCCUGCUCGUCACAGUCAUUCCCCACGCAGUGACUGGUGAGGCGCCUCAGGAGGUGGGGAGGAGGGGGUGCAGGCCCGCCUCGGCCUCCCCCAACCCCAGAGUCUGCUCUGCAGGCAACGAGGUCGUGGAGUGGCUGAUCCAGAAGUACAGCAUCCAGGAGGAGGAGGCCCUCCACCUGGGCAACCUCCUGGUGCAGCACGGCUACCUAUACCCACUGAGGGACCCCCGCCGCCUGGUGCUCCGGCCGGAUGAAACACCCUAUAGGUUCCAGACACCCUAUUUCUGGACGAGCACCCUGUGGCCAGCCGCUGAGCUGGACUAUGCCAUCUACCUGGCCAAGAAGCACAUCCGAAGGCAGGGGGCCCUGGUAGACUACGAAAAGGAGCAGUAUGACCAGCUGCACACGAAGAUCAGCCACACAUGGGACCUGGUGGUGAUGCAGGCUCGAGAGCAGCUGCGGGCAGCUAAGCAGCGCAGGAAGGGGGACAGGCUGGUCAUCGCGUGCCAGGAGCGGACGUACUGGCUGGUGAACAGGCCCCCGCCUGGGGUCCCCAGCGUGCUGGAGCAGGGUCCAGAACGGGGGUCCUGCAGUGCCAGGGGAAUGCAGAUGACCAAGAGCUUUGAUUUCUACAGGCAGGAGGUCGCGUGCUUACGGAAGGCGCUGGGCAGGGCCCGCGUGAAGUCCUCUGUCUGCCUCGAGGCGUACUUCCGGUUCAGCAGCCAGCGGCUGCCACACGACCCCAUCAUGACCGGCUGUCUGCCCAGCAACCCCUGGGUCACGGACGAUGACGCCUACUGGGCCCUGAAUGCACCCAGUGUGGCUGUGCCCACGAGGCUCCGCGUGGAACAGUGGGCCCUCAGCUUCCGGGAGCUCCUGGAAGACCCCAUGGGACGGGCCCACUUCAUGGGCUUUCUCGGGACAGAGUUCAGCGCCGAGAACCUCAGCUUCUGGGAGGCCUGUGAGGAGCUGCGCCAUGGAGGGCAGGCCCAGGUCCCCGCCCUGCUGGACGCCGUGUACCAGCAGUUCCUGGCGCCUGGCGCUGCCCGCUGGGUCAACAUAGACAGCCGGACCACGGAGCAGAUGCUGGCGGGCCUGGGCCGGCCCCACCGCCACGUGCUGGACGAUGCCCAGCUGCACAUCUACAUGCUGAUGAAGAAGGACUCGUACCCGAGGUUCCUGAAGUCAGACUUGUACAAAGACCUGCUGGCAGAGGCCGUGGUCCCCCCGGAGACGAAGCGGCGGGUGUUCCCAUUCACGCGGAAGCCGCGGCGGUCCAGCCCCGGCCCUGCCCUCCUUCCUGCCUCCACCUCCAGGGAGCCUGCGGGUGGUGACGGGGAGGCCUAGGUGAGCCGGAGCGGGGGAGACAGUGGCCAUCUCGCCCUGUCACCCUCCUCUAGCCCAAGGAGGCACCUUUUCCCUGUCCCGCCCUACCCCCCAGAAGGGUAUGGCCCAGGGCAGAUGCCCAGGGUGCCCUGGACCGACACCAGAAGGCAGAGCGCCUGGCAUUUCUGUGCCACCCUCGCCCCUGGAGCAAGGGCCGAGUCAAGAGCUUGCCGGCAGGGGGCGCGCGAGUGCAGGGGGAUGUGCGGCUCCGCUCCGCCUCCCGGGCUCCGCAGGCUCCGUGGCUGUGGCAUCUGAACUGGACAGAGACGGCUCCCUCUUCGCUGCCCCUCCAACAGGGCCUGGUUCACAGCCAAGGUGGCAGAGCCUCUGGAGAGGGACGGCAGGUGUCCUGGCUCAGAAUGCC